AUGGCCGCAUCAAAGGCCGGCUCUUUGAUCUGGAGAAUCCUACUGGCGGCCGUCUUGUGUCUGUCCAUUCCAGCCACCGGCAAUAUUCUUGAUCCCGCGAGCUAUGCCCCUGAAGAUGUCAUUGUCACUGACGUUGCAAUCAUUGGGGGUGGCGCUGCGGGAACGUAUGCUGCGAUCAACCUCCAACAAAUGGGCCAGAAGGUGGUAGUCGUCGAGGAGAGAAAGCAUCUGGGCGGGCAUACAAACACUCACACUGAUCGCUCUACCAAUAUCACUAUUGACUACGGAGUGCAGGCAUAUUUGAACAACUCUGUCACUAUUGACUUCUUCGCGCAUUUUGAUGUCCCCCUAAUCGACUAUGGUGACCCGAGCAUCGCCUUUCGACCGGCUGAUUUCAAAACAGGUCAGCCUAGUGACUUCAAACCAAGUCGAGACCUCAGUCGAUGGGCGGCACAUCUUGCUAAAUAUCCUUGGCUGGAUUCGAGCUGGAAAAUUCCGCUGCCCGUGGAUCCCGACCUGCUGUUACCAUUGAAGGACUUCCUCGCGAAAUACAACAUGACUGAUAUUACAUUCUCCUUAUAUUACAGUGCCCAGGGGCUAUCAAACCCUGUCCACCAACCUACAGUCAACGUGAUGAAGAUGAUAUCUCCAUCGUUUCUGCGCGAGCAGAGAGGCGGAGCGGUGGUGACUGCACGCCACAGUAACAAGGAGAUAUACAGGAAAGCCGAAGUCAAGUUAGGCUCUAGUCUUUUCACUAAAUCAAAAGUCACCGCAGUUACAAGACCCCAAAAUGGACCAGUGUCACUAGCAGUCAAGACACGCACUGGGUCCAAACUGAUCAAGGCGACUAAACUUCUGAUCACGAUGCCUCCGACCUUGCAUAACCUCGAACCAUUCGACUUGAACAUGGAGGAGCUCAGAAUUUUCACGCAGUGGAAACACUUCGGAUAUUACACAAUACUAUUCAACAACACCAGUCUACCUCCAAAUGUUCAGUGGAUCAACGUCGACAGUUCAACAGCGUACCACAUCCCGGAACUGCCUGCUCCGUCCAUGAUCAGCAGUACUCGAAUCCCAGGCACAGUCUUUGUUUACUUCCGAAGUCCAUUCGAUCUGAAGCGUGCAGAAAUACAGAACGCCGCUAUCAAGGCCAUUCGGAAUAUUCAACGAGCACAGAAUUUGACACAAACCACUCCAAAUGUUCUCAAGUUCAAAUCUCACGCACCGUUUCAGUUGAAUGUUCCCGCCGAUUGUAUUGCGAGUGGAUUCUACAGUGAUCUCGUUGCGUUGCAAGGAAAACGCAAUACAUGGUAUUCGGGCGCGGCCUUCGUUGGCCACAACAGUGGCCUGAUCUGGGAAUACACCCGCAAUCUGUUGCCACAAAUUGUCUCUCAUUGA